CUCUUGUGUUCAACUGCCGCCACAUCAACUAGAGUACACGCGCCACAUACCUGACCAACAACUACCUGUACUGCAACGGCAUUGCCGGGCUGAACCCAACGUCAACGUCAACGACGUCGACACCUGACUUGACGAUCCUCCUCCUUCUUUUCUUCUUCUCCAUCCAUCCACCAUCCGCCCGGAGUCCUUAGCUUGCCGACGGUGGGCGUAUUCUCCGCCGUACCAUACCUUCCCUUGUCCUGCUGCCUUCCACUUCCUCCCCCUCCGUCCAUCCAUCUCCUCUCUGUCCUCCUCUUGAUUUGUCAUAUUUUCUCCUCCGUUCAUCUUCGCCAUCCCGUCCCCUCCGACCUCUUAUCAAUCGACUCUUAUUCCGAUCUAUCCGAGUUACCACAGAGACCUUAGCACUACUGCCUGGUAGCUUUCGACCUAGACUCACCUAGUUGGACUGGAUCGCUGAGACAUGUCCUUUUGAUUGUCCGAUUGUCCGUCCGGAUUACCCACUUCCUCUAGCUUAAGCCCAAUCUCCUGCACGCGCUCCGCGCAUUCCGCAUCCCGUAUCCCGCGUCCCGCAUCCCCAAUGCUGCAAAGCAAACUCGCCCGCACCGUGUCCAACAUAUCGAAUGCUUCGAGGACUAGUAAGAGCAGCAAGAAGGACAGCAAGGUCGCCAGCAAGGCCAGUAGCAUCGCCGGCAGCGUGACCGGCAGCCUACCCGGCACUCCCGACGAUGAGUAUGACAACCCCCUCGAGGGCGUCUCCCGCUGGCGUCUGACCGCCAACGCUGUCGCCCUCCGCUCGGGGGCCGCUUUUGCCUUUGGGCUGCAGAACCUUUCCGCUCCCGUCCCACCGGCUGCGAAUAGAGUCAUCUGGCUCGACUCGACCCUGUCGUCGGAAUGGGCCGGCAAGGAGAAGAUAAAAGUCGACGUCUGGCUCCCGCCCACCACCACCACCACUAGGCCCACCGGCAAGGUCCCUGCAGUCAUCAACUUUCACGGCGGAGGUUUCGUCCUCGGCCAGGGAACCGACGAUGCGCGCUGGGCUGCCGCCGUAGCAACCGCCUUAAACGCUGUCGUCUUCUCCGUCAACUACCGCCUGGCUCCCGGCUACCCCUUCCCCACCCCGGUUGAGGACUCUGCCGAUGCCAUCCUUCAGAUCGUCGCCCGUGCGCACGAGUUCCGCGUCGACACCCAACAAGUCCUGCUCUCGGGCUUUUCGGCUGGAGGCACACUAGCCCUCGCCAGCUGGAACAUUCUUCAGGACCCUGGCAGGUGGGGUUACAAGUUUAAAUUCCCCGUCCCCGAAGUCUCCGGCAUCGUUCUCUUCUACCCACUCUUGGAUUGGACCAUGACAAGGCCGCAGAAGCGGCAGACAUGUGGCAGGCCUGACAUGACCCUCCCUAAAGGUAUGACCGACCUCUUUGAUGCGUCCUACGUCUACCCUCCCAGACCGAGGUCGGAACGCGGUGAUCCCCGCCUCUCACCGGGUCUCAUGACAGACGACAUGUUGGAUCGUCUGCCGCCCAUCCACCUGUGCAUGUGCGAGUUCGACAUGCUGCUUUUGGAAGGCCAGAGUUUCGCCCAAAGGGCGACAUCCCGAGGCCGCCGGGUCACCACGCGCCUUGUCAAGGCUGAAAAGCAUGCCUGGGAUAAGCCACCGCCGUUCACACCUAAAGAGUCUGUCAUGGUCGAAUACAAUGAGGCCAUCGCGUCAAUUAAAGAAUGGCUCGAGAACCCGAGCCCCAUGGUUGGUUAGAAGCCGAUACGCAGCAAUGCGCAGAGUUCAUCGUCUGACACCCUGGCGCCUGCAUAAGCCUCCCGGUGGAGAUAACCCUUGCGCAGUAACAUCAAUAACUGGUCAAGUGGGUGGACGAAGCUUCGGCUCAGGGUUCUGGACCGAAUAGGGUUUCUUUGGGGUCCAGUCCUGAAGCUUUCUUGAAGUUGUGGGCUGUACAUUUGGUUGUGGGCUGCAUACAUCGUCCUUAGCCUCAAUACCAUCGUACAUAAGCGGGGGAAGGAUGUCAGCCGGAUGCCGUCUUUCGCCAGACUACGGCAGGGCACGCGGCGAAUCGAACCCCCUCCCUUUGACUUCUGGGUCUUGUUUUAUUAUCC